CUGCGAGCACGCUGCGAGCUUUUUUUGGAGGGGGGAAUGAAGACAGGACUCUUUUCCUUGUGUUCCGAUGGUGAAGCAACGCUGGUUCUGUCCCUGUGAUCAUUCCUAGAGGAGGACAUUCACGCUUUUUCUUUCUUUUUCUUUCUUUCUUUUUUUUUUUUUUUUUUUGUUUCUUCCUCCUCCUUCUCUUCGCGACUCGUUUUCCAGCAAAAAUGCGGGACGCGCGUCCGGAGCGCGGCGUCCGCGGAGUGCUCUCCUCGGUCGCGGCCGCUUGACUGACGGGGGAUCCCGGCUCCCUUUCCAUCCCCUGCUCCCCGAGGAGCAAGAGGAGUUUGCAUGCAAACGGUGGUUUAUCACGGCAAGCCAGGGAGGGACUUCCCUAAAGAGGAUCCAACAUAAUUCAGAUUUUUUGAGAUUUUUUUUUUUUUUCUAUUUUUCUUUUUUCCUCUUGUCGUAGCAUCCUCCCCUACAAGUCUCCCCUCCCAUCGCCAUGGCUGAGAAGCUUGGACCAGCGGGGCCCAAGCCCGCCAACAUCCGAAACGCUCCCUCCCUGCCCCCGGAACCCAUCGACAUCAUCCGCACCAAAGCCCGCUCCCGCAGAGUCCGCCUUAACGUCGGGGGCCUGAACCACGAGGUCUUGUGGCGGACCCUGGACCGUCUACCCAGAACCCGACUCGGCAAGCUCCGGGACUGCAACACCCACGAGUCCCUGAUGGAGGUCUGCGACGACUACAGCCUGAACGAAAACGAGUACUUCUUCGACAGGCACCCGGGGGCCUUCACCUCCAUCCUGAACUUUUACCGCACGGGCAAGCUGCACAUGAUGGAGGAGAUGUGCGCCCUUUCAUUCGGGCAGGAGUUGGACUACUGGGGGAUUGACGAGAUCUACCUGGAGUCCUGCUGCCAGGCCCGCUACCACCAGAAAAAGGAGCAGAUGAAUGAGGAGCUGAGGCGGGAGGCCGAGACAAUGAGGGAGAGGGAGGGAGAGGGCGAGUUCGAUAACACCUGCUGCCCGGACAAGAGGAAGAAGCUGUGGGAUCUCCUGGAGAAGCCCAGCUCCUCGGUAGCUGCCAAGAUUCUGGCCAUCAUCUCAAUCCUGUUCAUCGUCCUCUCCACCAUCGCUCUGUCCCUCAACACCUUACCGGACCUCCAGGACAUAGACGAGUUUGGCCAUGCCAGCGACAACCCCCAGCUGGCUCAUGUGGAGGCCGUGUGUAUCGCCUGGUUCACAAUGGAGUACCUCCUUCGCUUCCUCUCCUCUCCUAACAAGUGGAAGUUCUUCAAGGGCCCACUGAAUGUCAUUGACUUGCUGGCCAUCCUGCCCUACUAUGUCACCAUCUUCCUAACUGAGUCCAACAAGAGUGUGCUGCAGUUCCAGAACGUGCGCCGCGUGGUGCAGAUAUUCAGGAUCAUGAGAAUACUGAGGAUCCUGAAGUUGGCCCGGCACUCCACAGGGCUCCAGUCUCUAGGGUUUACCUUGAGACGGAGCUACAACGAACUGGGCCUGCUCAUUUUGUUUCUUGCCAUGGGCAUCAUGAUAUUUUCCAGCUUGGUCUUCUUUGCUGAGAAAGAUGAAGAUGCUACCAAAUUCACCAGUAUCCCUGCCUCAUUCUGGUGGGCUACUAUCACAAUGACUACCGUGGGAUAUGGUGACAUUUACCCACAGACUUUACUUGGAAAGAUCGUGGGUGGGCUCUGCUGCAUUGCAGGAGUGCUAGUCAUUGCCCUACCCAUUCCUAUUAUUGUCAACAACUUCUCAGAGUUCUACAAGGAGCAGAAGAGGCAGGAGAAGGCCAUCAAGAGGAGGGAAGCACUGGAGAGAGCCAAGAGAAACGGCAGCAUUGUGUCAAUGAACCUAAAAGAUGCCUUUGCCCGCAGCAUGGAGCUGAUGGACGUGGUGGUAGAGAAAGGAGAUGACAAGACCUCCCUGGACAACCACCUGUCGCCUGGCCGCUGGGGCUCUACCAGGCAUGCCAGCUCAGAGACUAACCUAAAGUCGCCAGAUAAAAGAAACCCAGAGUCUCUGCUGCAAAAUACUCCUCAUCGGAUAACCAUCAACACCAGUGGAAGUCCCCAACGGACAAACAGGACCCCGCAGCACCUCAAUGUGCAGAAACUGGAGGAGAUGUACAACCAGAUGACCAAGUCCCAGUCCUUCACUAACCUCAACACUACAAGCUCCAUGAGCACUCUGAGCACAACCAUGACCGGCCCUGCCUCACCCAAGAAAUCUCACAGCCCCCCUGAAUUCACAUUAAAAGAGGAAGUAGAGCUUGAGAUGAAGGAGGUGCAACCAUCCUCACCUGAUAACUUUGCAAGCUGCUCAGCAGACUGUAGAGAACAUGACUCAGAUGAGGAAGAAGCUGUGCCCUAUGAAAUCAAACACCCCAAGGCACCACCGUAUCUGGAUCUUAGGCAUCGGAGGGCCAGCAGUGACCAUAGCUUUACUGGUGCCCCUCUCAAAGAUGGCUUCUUUGAAUCUGUCAAUCCAGGUGACGGAUCAAAGCUCCACAUAGUGGAAGGGGAGAGCUUUAACAGCUCUGUUGAGAAUCUCCAGAGCUCUCAUAGAGGAAAUAACCCUCUUAAAAACAAGGGGUUGAAGGUCAACUUCACCAAAACGUCUGCUGAAGGCCCACUAACACCGCCAAGCACUACCUCUCCUGGAGACAUCAGCUCCAGCAUCCUGGAAGACGAGUCCCCUGAUGGAGAGACGUCACCGCUCAUCCCCAGUUCAGAGGAGCUGCUCCCGGUCACAGAGGAGGAGACCUGUAAGAGGUUGGUGGUGGACACACCACCCGGCGAUGAAGAUCAGUCCACAGAGAACCAUGAAGAGAAGCAUCUGAUGGAGGUGGCAGGUGCCGCAGUUGCGCCCUUGUCGCCCAAAACGGCAGCACAAAAUUGCACCCAAGAUCUGGUUGGGGCAGGUGGGGAGGUCAAGGCUGACAGCAACCAAAGUGGACACAAAGUAGAGAAUCACAUGUUUACGUCAGAUAUCCACCUGAUACCCGGGGACGGCAGCCUGUCACCGACCUGUGAAACCAGCAUGUGACUCUGAGAGAAGCUUCUGAGGGACAAUAGACCCACUGCAGCCUCAGCCCGAUGUGCGGGAGAGCGGGAAGGGAAAAGACAAGGGUGCUGUUGUAGUGACAGAGAUUUUUGCAUGGCAUGACAAGUCCCUUUUACUUGUGUUGUUGUGUGUUGCUGAAAAAGAAACUGCAGUGCUUCGUGCAGAUUCGAGAGUGACUUUGGGGACAAACAGUGAGCUCAAAAGAGAAGGCUCUUGAGGGAAUUCAUCAACUUAUGUAGACAUUUUGAUCCUCCUGAUGUACAUAAUGACAGUCUCCUUUUUCUAGCAAAAGAAGGAAAUGCACAGAGGGACUUAUCUGUAAAAAGCAUGCAUUUAAAAAAAACCAGACAGAUAUUUUACGGUGCUUAGUUUGCUGAAAGCGCUCCACUGUAAAUAGAGGACAUCUAAGGCAAUGACAAUGCACAGGAUGGCAAAGGAAAACUGUCACUGAAGGUAUAAGAAUUUGCAAUGUGAAAAGGGAUUUAAGAGCCCUCAGACUGGGUGUUGCAUCGUAGCGACCUAUUAAAAAAACAUAUCAUUACCUUUUGUGGAAAUGCAAAGUGUUCCCAUGAUGACCCUGUAAUGUUUUUUCGUGUGAAAACUGGUGUAUGAAACCGUAACGUUGACAAUAUCGCUUUUGGUUCUCAUAACGACUGUUGAACUUUCAGUUGAGCAUCCUGUAUUCAGUCUUCAAAUAAAUGACGGUGGGCAAGAAGGACAAAAACACCUUGAUCCCUCCAAAUACAUCUGUAGUUGCCAAAUAAUAUAUGUAACCAGUAAGGAAAGGAACUAGCACAUACUUCUGAAAAUAAUUAUCAUGCAGUUUCACAAGUUAGAACAAGGUUUAAAGGUCCAGUGUGUAGGUUUUAGGGGGAUUUAGGGGGAGAAAGGGUCACAGUUGGGGUUAAGGGGUUUGGAGUUAGGGUUAGUGGGUCAGGGUUGGGGUUUUGUUUUCGUUAACUUAAAAUAAGCCUUUUGUAUCUACAGAGGGAGCAGAUUCUCUUCCAUGUUGCGCCGCCAUAUCUCUACAGUAGCCCAGAAUGGACAAACCAAACACUGUCUCUAGAAAGUUUGUUUUUUUUGUUGGCGUGUUUAGCAACCACCUUAGGGAAGGGUGAGGUGAUGCUGCUAGAUGCCACUAACUCCUACACACUGGGCCUUCAAGACAUUUUAUUCCUUGUUCAGCCUUUUUGAUUUCAUCCAAACCAAAAAAAUACAUCUUAUUUACUCUUUGACUUCAGAUAUAUACAUCUAAAAGUAGAUUUAAGAAUAAAAUAUGAAAUAUGUAGGUCUAGAUUGGUACUUUCUAGAUAAGUGAGAUUCCAUAAAGCAGAGAUAAGACUAUCUAUUAAUUCAGCACAUUAGGUCUGGUCAUUAACACACAUAUAUGCUUUAUGCUAUAAUUAUAUAUUUUGGCAGUUCAAAAGGGUCAGACUACCACAACAACAAAAAAAAGAAUAAUAUUCCUUUUGAUAUCAAUGGACCAAAUCAAGCACACUGACAAGCUUUCAUUUAUCUCAGCUGCAUAGUAACAUAUACAGUAAUAUCAUGUAUUCUGACAGUAGUUAUGGAGGUGUUUUUGUUGUUUUCCUUAUGGUUUGUUUACCUGCAUUGUGUUCAUUAUCCUAUCCUCAGCGCCCUGAUGUCAUUGUUGACAUUUGUUCCAUACUACUGCAAGUUUAUCCGAUCCUGCUGAUAAGUUUAAGGCGUCUUUUUUUUUUCUUUUUUUUUUUGUAUAUCCGUAGUGUCUUGGACUGUUAUUUAUUGUGUUUCAUUGUGAACAAAACGAUUUUCAGUCAAACUUAAACCCAAAGGAGUUAUUUUUUUCUCUUUAGUCUUCUCUCACGCUUUUUUGUUUUACACUGACUGAAAAUAUCCGUUGUAUGUUGCCUUUUGAUUCCAAUUUUUAUUGCUGGAAUUAUUUGUUUCUUGUUUCAGCAUGACACUUGGCAGAGUGUACUGGUAGUGUGUUUGUGAAAUCCACACAAACCUGAAUGGUACCGACAGGAAGUAUGUGGGUGAUUUCUUUUGUUGUUUUCUCUCUUUUUCUUCUUAUUAUUAUCAUGUUUUUUGUUCUCACAGAGAGGUGUGGAAUGUGCAAUACCGCAUACUGCAAUCUAUGCAGGCCAAGAAUUGUGGCACUUUAUUUUCUGUCUAUGGGAUUUGUAAGUGUACAGGCAGAAAUUACUUGUAUUUUUCAAAUGUUAUAUCUUUAAUAUGAGGCAAAACAGUACUACAGCUACCAGAAUCACAAACAAUGCAAAUGAGAAUUUGACUUUUAAUUUCUUUUUCAUAUUACAUGUCUGGCGCCUUUGUGCCCGACAUCAGUGGACCUCAAAUUUGAUUAUCGGUGGGAAGAGGGAUCCAAAUUGACCACUUUUGGCCUUUUAUAUCGCUGUUAGAUUUACAUAAGAAAUCUAACGCCAUGUCUGUAGAAGAUCUCAAGAUGAUCUGACUUCAAUGGCCACACACAAAGGAUUUUAUGUUUUUUGUGAAUUAACGUUGAGAAUGAUUCUAUUUUUUCUAAACCAAAAUGGAGCACGACCACAAUUUCCUGCCAUAUGGUGGUUGAAAUGAUGCGUGCCUUUUCAUAACACGGCUGUUUAUGAGAAGGCAGCAAGUCAUUUUGCUUUGUUCAUAUAGCACUGUACAGAAAAUUCUAAUUUUAUAGGAGAAAUCAGGUCUUUAUGUAAUAGAUACAAGUAAUGUUAUUGAGUUCUCAGGUUUUCUAUAACUCUCUGAUGUUCCGAUUGGAUAGAUUCUCUGUUUUUUCUUUAACAGCUAACGAGUCACUUCUGUACUCUUUUUUUUUUUUUUUUUACCGUGAUGUUGUCAAAUCUCACGUUGAUGUCUCAGCUCCUGGAGUUAAGGAGCGGCAAUAUCUCUCCCUCCUCCUGGGUAAUCUGUGUGCUGCAUUCAGUGUCCACCCCCAUCAGUCUUCAGUGAGGCAGGAAGGAGCACAAACAAAGGAAGAAAAGUUUGGGCAUUAGAGUUUAAAGAGGCACUAUGUACUGUUUGGAGAAUAAUACAAACUCAGAAAUGUUUAUUGUUCCAUAACUGAAUUAACAAGCUGUUCUCAGAG